CCUACUCAGCAAAAGCAAGCGGAUGGGAUAAGUCGAAAUAGCUUGCACUUCAGGUUUCCAAAACCCUCCUUCGAUACCGCCCAGUCUCUCGGAGAAAAAGUGAUUGUGUUUCGGGAAGACACAGGCUCUGACACAUGAAAGGAAAACGCAUACAGAUUCCAAUGUUGUAGACAGUUUAUCUUUUCCACGCACAGUCUGAUCUGCUAAAGGGAGUAUUUCAUAUCAGAUUUCACGUUCAGUUCUGACCAGCUGGGAGAGCAGAGAGAGGGAGAGAGAGGGCUUGUUUCUCUUCCCCUCCGACUCUGGGUCUUGAAACUCAGGAGCGCAGGAAAGCGAACCACGACGUGGAACCCUAAACCUGUGUAGGCAAGAUAAAACGUCCGUCAGAAUUUGUUAAGGAUUCUCUUUUGCGAGAUUGACACAGAGGUGAGAACAAAUAGAUCGUAAGAGAUGGACGAGCAGCCGCGGUUGAUGCACUCUCAUGCGGGAGUAGGGAUGGCAGGGCAUCCCGGCCUGUCUCAACACAUGGAAGGCACCGGAGGAACGGACGGCGAUGGGAGAAAACAGGACAUUGGAGACAUUUUACAGCAAAUAAUGACCAUCACAGAUCAGAGUCUGGACGAAGCUCAAGCUAGGAAACACGCCUUGAAUUGCCACAGGAUGAAGCCUGCUCUCUUCAACGUCUUGUGUGAAAUCAAAGAAAAGACAGUGCUGAGUAUCCGUGGCGCUCAGGAGGAGGAGCCUCCAGAUGCCCAGCUCAUGCGAUUGGACAACAUGUUGCUGGCGGAGGGCGUGUCUGGACCUGAGAAAGGGGGCGGUUCUGCAGCGGCUGCGGCUGCGGCUGCAGCCUCAGGAGGCGGGGCAGGAGCGGAUAACUCAGCGGAACACUCGGACUACAGAGCCAAGCUCUCUCAGAUCAGACAGAUCUACCACACAGAGCUGGAGAAAUACGAGCAGAUGGUAUCCCAGUGCGGAUGGAGGGGGGACAGUUACACAGGGAGUCAUGGCAACGGAAACAAGGCUUGUAACGAGUUCACCACCCAUGUGAUGAACCUGCUGAGGGAGCAGAGUCGCACGCGGCCCAUCUCUCCCAAGGAGAUCGAGCGCAUGGUGGGGAUCAUCCACCGCAAGUUCAGCUCCAUCCAGAUGCAGCUCAAACAGAGCACCUGCGAGGCCGUCAUGAUCCUGCGCUCCCGCUUCCUCGACGCCAGACGGAAAAGACGGAACUUCAACAAACAGGCGACAGAGAUCCUGAAUGAGUACUUCUACUCGCACCUGUCUAACCCCUACCCUAGUGAAGAGGCCAAGGAGGAGCUGGCCAAGAAGUGCUCCAUCACAGUUUCACAGGUACAGUACAGUGCCACCUGUCUAAACCCCUACCCUAGUGAAGAGACCAAGGAGGAGCUGGCCAAGAAGUGCUCCAUCACAGUUUCACAGGUACAGUACAGUGCCACCUGUCUAAACCCCUACCCUAGUGAAGAGACCAAGGAGGAGCUGGCCAAGAAGUGCUCCAUCACAGUUUCACAGGUACAGUACAGUGCCACCUGUCUAAACCCCUACCCUAGUGAAGAGACCAAGGAGGAGCUCACCAAGAAGUGCUCCAUCACAGUUUCACAGGUACAGUACAGUGCCACCUGUCUAAACCCCUACCCUAGUGAAGAGACCAAGGAGGAGCUGGCCAAGAAGUGCUCCAUCACAGUUUCACAGGUACAGUACAGUGCCACCUGUCUAAACCCCUACCCUAGUGAAGAGACCAAGGAGGAGCUCACCAAGAAGUGCUCCAUCACAGUUUCACAGGUUUCCAACUGGUUCGGAAAUAAAAGAAUCAGAUACAAGAAAAACAUUGGAAAGUUCCAGGAAGAAGCCAACAUGUACGCUGCCAAAACUGCUGUGAACGCGACCAACGUAUCCUCACACGGGAGCCAGGCUAACUCGCCCUCCACUCCAAAUUCUGCAGGUUCUGCUGGAUCUUUUAACAUGUCAAACUCCGGCGACUUGUUCAUGAGCGUGCAGUCUCUCAAUGGGGACUCGUACCAAGGGGCUCAGGUGGGAGCCAACGUGCAGUCACAGGUGGAUACCCUUCGCCAUGUUAUCAGUCAGACAGGCGGAUACAGUGAGGGCCUCACAGCCAGCCAGAUGUACAGUCCGCAGGGCAUCAAUGCAAACGGAGGCUGGCAGGAUGCUACCACCCCCUCAUCAGUGACAUCCCCCACAGAAGGACCCGGAAGUGUUCACUCGGACACCUCCAACUGAUCCCUCCACCCUUCUCCUCCACCACCGUCCAGACAUCCCCAACCUCCACCCUCGAUCAUCUAGCCAGCUCCCCAGCCAGUCAGACCCCCCCCCCAUCAGGACUGGAGGUGACACACUAGACUCGUCACAGGGCAGGAGACCUCUCUCUACGGGUGGGGACUACAGAAUGAAACACCAUCACCACCACCAGACAGUUCCACCUAUCUACAACCCCCUCACUGUCUGUUUGUAUAGUUUUCUUCGCCAUAUAUCCAUGUUGCCUCAUUGUGUGAUCAUCUGACUUAUAACACAGUAGGAAAACAGUUACAACAACACGUGUAUACAGUAUGGCCCGUAUCUUGUAGAUUUAAAUGCUUUUCACACUACCUCUAUUGAAAAUAACAAGAAAACAACAACAACAAAGGGACAUCUUCUAAAUAAGCUUUGUUUUUUGUUGUUGUAAUUACUGGUAUUGACAGUAGCUCUCAAUCUCCUCUUGUCCUGUCUCAAGGCUUGUUUUUAAGGACAGUUUUGCCUUUGUGACAAGUUUCACCCUAUAUAAUUACUUAAUUCAUAACAUAAAAUAAAUUAUAUUAAAAUUGUCCAGUGCCAAAGUUCAACACAGGAGAUGAAUUUGUAUAAUAUGAAUUGUUCUUGUAAAUAAAACAUCCAUCUGACAUUUCAUAUGAAAAAUGGUUCAUUACUGUAUUUAAUUACAUUUCAUGUUAGUAGAGUAUCAACAGGGUGCUUUGAAAAUGAGAUUCAACCUUUCCUCGUCAUUCUAAGCAUUCCGUUUCAGAGCUUCUACAUUGGCCAAUAAGACAUUAAACAUUUUUACUGCAAGAAUGGUAGCCUACGUUUUCUGCUCAUACUGAAUGCAGCAUAGCAUGAGUGAUGCACAAUGCACAAGCAGACAUUAUGAGAGUAACAGUAUGCUCCAGAAUAAAUGGAAGAGACUGUUUGGAAGGUCAGAAGGGAAUGAAUCGUGGUGAUUCUAGCUACUGGAAUUCUAAUAAAUUCACUGCUCUUGAAAUAUUGUUUGUAGUGCACUGCAUCCAGAGACCAUUGACCUACAGAGUUUAAAAUCUACCCAGAACACUUAAUCAAUGAGUACAUUAGCAUCAAUUAUAAGAAGCCAAUAUGUCUUUAAGCACAGUGACUUACAGUGAUUACCCUGGGUAACACUUAUAUUUGUCAAAGAGAAGAAAACAGUACAGAGAACACACAUUAAUGAUAGUUGUACUCUAUUCUAUACAGUCUACAUAUACGGAACAUAUGGUGUGUAUACAUACUGUACACACACAUACACUACCAUUAUCACCAUCAAUGUACAUCAGUGUUAUCGUAAUAGCCAAAUACUGCUGGUAACCAAAAUCACUUGUUUAAGUGCAACAAAAAAAAGGCAUUUUUAAUGUAGAUUUUAAUUCUGAUUUUGUGGUAUAAUGUUGUAGUAAUUGAAGACACGACUACACAUGAUGAAAUAUCUCUCAAAAUUACCGUCUUUGUUUGUGUUUUUGGUGCUAGUUAGCUCUUUUAUUUCCUAUUUCUCAGUAGUAUAUUUCUGUCCAUUUAUUAUUGUCACCCGGUUUGAAUUUCUCCAUUCAACCUCAUCACUCAUAUCAUCCUGUUUUUACAUUUUGGUUAUCAAGGUUGGUCUCUAUUCACUCUUAUGUUUCAUUAUCCUCCUAGCAUAUGGCGCCAGUCUAAAUUACGCAAAUAAAAAAUACAAAAAUUGAAAUUAGAUUUAUUAAUUUUGUUGUAUUUGAUUUUAGCUACAGUAUUUAUUUACACACAAAUACAUAUUGCCUUCUUGGGCAUUUUAACAUAUCCACCAUACUAUUACGUAGAUACCAAAAAAUAACUACAAAAGCUUCAGCUCUAUACAUUGGGAUCAGCUUGACCAACUCGACUUUGUUUGAUUUGUAAAAUUGUGUAUUAACUGAAGUACUCCACGUGCAUCUCAUAGGAAUGUUCAGCUACUCUUUCUGUACUCAGAACACCAAAAUGCAGUCCGAACACAGUAGUGUUUGUUUAUAGAAAUUAAAUGGAAAAGACUAACCCUGAUGGCACACAGACAUAUGGGAUAUAUGUUCUCACAUUAUGAAUAAAUACAUUUGGCUACUGUUUUACUUUUCAUUCGCUUGGUUAUAGGAGUUACAGUACGUUCUAUUUUCUUUUCUUGCUAGCAUAAUGUGAAUUAGCCCAAGAAUGCUCUAUGUAUGUAGAUGUGCACCUUUAUUCUUGUUUUUCGUUUUUUGGGGAAUUGGACAGUAUCCAUUUUCAAAACAAAGCAGCUACAGUAAAUGUUUGACAGAGACAGACAGACAGACAGACAGACAGACAGACAGACAGACAGACAGACAGACAGUAGGACACAGUUCCUUUCACAUUACAGAUAUAAUCCGCUCACUGUUUCACUUUGUACUUUCUAAAGCAUUGACACAAAAGCGUGCUUCUAGAAAUGGGUACUGUCUUGUUAAUGAAAGGUGAUGUGAAAGGUUUGUGUGAACACGAUCUCGUGACAGUGUUUUUAGCCCAACUAAAUCCAUGGUAAUAGAUAUACACAUUAUAUAGCAUUUCAAAUCAUAACCAACAUCUGUAUAGAUUACAGUACCACACAGCUGGAUCCACCAUAGACUGCAUAUCACAGAACUUAGCUCUUCCGUCACAAACUACAUUUUAUAUUUGAUGUACUUGUUGGAGACGUGGACGUGUACUAUGAUGAGUGAAGCAAAAUCUUGUUCUUUUUUUGAUAACUACAAAUGGCUUAAUUUGCUCCCACAUCUGAUAGUCCAGUUGAUGGACAACACAUAGGUACACUAUGAGUGGAGUAUGUUUGAGUGGUCUUUCAAUACAGAUUUUAGCCAUGUGACAAGCAGAACAGUAGCUUUUGUGAUGCGUUGCCCAUAAAAUAAGUAAAAGUUACUCUACUUUUCACAUUGCCUUUCCAGUAUCAUCAUUAUUAUUGAAAGCUUCAUGUAAUGAUGCUUUUAGUUUUGGGAUAUAAAAGGGAGAGAAAAAAUAACUAUAAAAAAGAAAGAAGAAACUGAACAAUUUGUAAAACAUCAAAUGUUUUCUUUGUGGCAUGUCUUUUGUUCUUUAAUAAAAUACCGUACUGCAGUGUUUUUGAAUGUUACUUAUUUUUUAUAAAGAUUUCAGAGUGAAAUCAUGGAUCCUUUUCUUGACAGGUUUGACAUUUUAAGAUCUCUCUGCAUAUGUAAAAAAAAUAAAAAAAAAAAAUAAAAAAAGUUUAACAUUGGAAAUUGCAAAACUACUCCAAUUUAAAACCUGUUUUCUGUGGAGAAAUAAAUAGCUAACAAGGUGUAGGUUUUAUGGUCUCUUUCUUUGUACUGUUAAUGCAUAUUCCAAAUAAAUUGUUUCUUUUGUUGCA